GUUCCCUUCCCGGCUUCCAGAGAGCGCUGCGGGGAGGACCCCGGCCCGGGACGCUUCCCAGUGUCUCUCCUCCGACCCCUCGACCUCAACCAGGUGGGCACCACGGCAAGGGCUGAGCCACCCCCAUGGAAGGGAGAGGACCCUACCGGAUCUACGACCCUGGGGGCAGCACACCUCCGGGAGAGGCAUCCGCAGCCUUUGUGCGCCUAGUGGAGGAGAAUUCCCGACUGAAGGAAAAAAUGCAAGGGAUAAAGAUGUUAGGGGAGCUCUUGGAGGAGUCCCAGAUGGAAGCGUCCAGGCUCCGGCAGAAGGCUGAGGAGCUUGUCAAGGACAGCGAGCUGCCACCUGCUCCUUCCUUGGGCUCCUUUGACCACCUGGCCGAGCUUACAGGAAAGGACACAAAUGUCCCAGCACCACCCAGUGCUCCUGUACCCCCAGGCGAUAAGUCCGUGCUGGUCCCAAAACCUCCAUCCAGCGGCACGUCCUCAGAAUUCGAAGUGGUCCCUGCAGAGGAGCAGACUUCUCCCCCCGAAGGCGGCAGCCUCCCCAGAAAUGCAAUGGAACUGGGCCCCCUGCCCCGCGAGGAUGGCAACCUGAUGCAGCACCUGCAGCGCCUGGAGACCACCCUGAGCGUGUGCGCCGAGGAGCCGGACCAGCGCCAGCUGUUCACACACCUGGGCCGCAUGGCCCUGGAGUUCAACCGGCUGGCCUCCAAGGUGCACAAGAACGAGCAGCGCACCUCCAUCCUGCAGACACUAUGUGAGCAGCUUAGGAAAGAGAAUGAGGCCCUGAAGGCCAAGCUGGACAAGGGCCUGGAACAGCGGGACCAGGCUGCGGAGAGGCUGCGGGAGGAAAAUAUGGAGCUCAAGAAGUUGUUGAUGAGCAACAGCAACAAAGAGGGGACCUGCGGGCAGCCAGGCUCGCCGAAGCUGGAGGGUGCUGGCAAGAAGGGGGUGGCAGGACAGCAGCAGGCUGGUGUGCUGGCAGGCAAGGGCCCAGGGGUGGGCGCCCUGGGUGCAGCCGAGAAGAAGGUGAAGAUGCUGGAGCAGCAGCGCAUGGAGCUGCUGGAGGUGAACAAGCAGUGGGACCAGCAUUUCCGGUCCAUGAAGCAGCAGUACGAGCAGAAGAUCACUGAGCUGCGCCAGAAGCUGGGGGACCUGCAGAAGCAGGUGGCAGAGCUGGAGGCCGAGCGGGAGCAGAAGCAGCGUGACUUUGACCGAAAGCUCCUGCUGGCCAAGUCUAAGAUUGAGAUGGAGGAGACCGACAAAGAGCAGCUGACCGCGGAGGCCAGGGAGCUGCGCCAGAAGGUCAAGCACCUGCAGGAUCAGCUGAGCCCACUUACCCGGCAGCGCGAGUACCAGGAGAAGGAGAUCCAGAGGCUCAACAAGGCCCUGGAGGAAGCACUGAGCAUCCGCGCCUCCCCAUCAUCCCCCACGGCGUUCGGGAGCCCAGAAGGAGCCGGCAGCCUCCUGAGGAAACAGGAGCUGGCCACACAGAAUGAGUUGCUGAAGCAGCAGGUGAAGAUCUUUGAGGAGGACUUCCAGAGGGAGCGCAGCGACCGGGAACGCAUGAACGAGGAGAAGGAGGAGCUGAAGAAGCAGGUGGAGAAACUGCAGGCCCAGGUCACCUUGUCACACACCCAGCUGAAGGCACUGAAGGAGGAGGAGAAGGCGAAAGAAGCCCUGAGGCAGCAGAAGAGGAAAGCCAAGGCCUCGGGAGAACGCUGCCACGCGGAGCCCCACGCGGACCACAUCUGCGGGGCCUACCCCUACGCCUACCCGCCCGUGCCGGCCAUGGUGCCGCAUCACGGCUACGAGGACUGGUCCCAGGUCCGCUAUCCCCCGCCCCCCGUGGGCAUGGACCACCCGCCCCCGAUCCCCGGCCCACGCCUCUACCAUCUGCCAGAGUAUGCCUGGCGCCCGCCCUGUGGCGGCAUGCGGAAUCAGAGCUCCCAAAUGAUGGAUGCGUCUGCCUCCCGGCCAGCAGAACCAGAGUCUGCAAAAAAUGACUGUGAGGGGCCGCAGUGAGACCAGAUUGUGUCAUUAGGCUCCACCUUCGUCUUGCAGAGCUGGCUGACCUCAGAAUACCGAAAAACUAGGGGGCCAGAGCCUCAGGGCAGGAGGCUGGGAUGGCAUCGCCUCACACCUCCAGCACUGCCCCUGGGGCUCCCACCCCGCUCCUCUUCCUCUUCCGGGUCUGACCAGGGAGAAGCUCCCUGCCCUGCCUCCCCCACUGCAUCCAGAGGCCUCGCCAGCUCUGACCUGCUGCCCUGUGCUGAAGCCGCAGGAUGUCCUUCUUGAGAGCGGGGUGCAGCUGGACCCCUUCCCAAAACUCCAUAGAAGGGUUCUGGCCCCUCAGGUGCCAGGUUUACAUGUAUGUGUGGUUUCUGUUCCGAGCUCUGUAGCAGGCCUGCCCUGUGCUCAUCCCUGUCCCUCUUUGAGGAGCUGCAGAAGAGUGGUUCUUCACAGAGCAGGACAGACUGACAGAGAUGUUGUCCACCUCCGCCCCAGCAGCCUGUCAGAGCCACCACGCCCAGGAUGCAGGCCACUGCGGCCACAUCCAUAGGGCCCUGGCCCCACAGCUGCAAGUGUGGUGUCCAAGGGCCACACGGGUAGAUUCUGUCCCUGCACACCUAUUUGCACAAAUCUUGGACAUAAAGCCAAGUUGGAAACCAAGCUUCUGUGACUGGUGUUUUAUGUCCCUGCUUCUGCCACUCUUCCUCAUUGCCCAAGGGCAGCACCAGCGGGAGGACCUGGCAGGUGUCGGGGGCCUGGCCCUGAGCGCUGCUUCCCCUGCCCAUCAGGAGUGCUGCCUGGGUACACGACGGCGGGCUGGUGGAGGAGCUCCCCAGGCCCGCAGGAAGGGGCGGGCGGGCUGGGUGUCCGUUGCAGGCAUUUGUAACAAGGUAGUCUGACUGGGUGUGGUGGCGCAUGGGUGAUGACACAGGUGUAACCUAGCACUCAGGCUGAGGCAGGGGAAUGGCCUACAUAGCCAGACCAUC